AUGUUCAUUUCGUUGGAAGGAUGGACGAAAGCAGAUGACGAGAAUAUACAUACCAAUGUCCUUAAAAGGAUCCUCAGUGCAUUAGAUAGAGAUGUGGAACGCUUAGAGGAGCAGCAUGCAAACAGGGAGUUGGAAGCAGACGACACACUAGCUGAUCAGUUAGAUCAUUUGGCCCGGAUUCUGGUAGGAGAUAACGGCAAAGAUGUUACAGAUCGGAAUAUGGUGAACACAAAAAUCGAUCAAUCAAGAGGUGACACUGAAAAACAAGGCUCUGUAAUGACUGAUGAGACAAAAGAUAUGGUGAAGAAACUGAUUGUGUCGCUGGUGAAGAAGACAAAACACUGUGGUCCGCUCCAUGAAGGGGAUGUUUGUGCUGACAGCCACGACUGCUGUUGUGGCUACACCUGCUGGAAAUGGCGAUGUCAAGAUAAAUCGGAAAUCAAUUCCAACUGGUGGGAAGUCCUACAUAAUCGUUCAUAA